GCGAUCAUCACAUGUGUUGUAAUUUUGUAAACAAACCUUAAAAAAGUUGUUAUUAUUAUUGAUAUUAAUUGUAAAUCAAAUAAUCAAUGAAAUUAUUGAUUCAACUCAAGAAUCGGUCACUUGUUUUGCAUCCAAUCCUUAUAGUGAGUCAUCUGAGGUCACAUGCAGUCCAUGUCAUGAAAUGGCGAUCAUUUCAUUCAAAGUUGUUUAAUACAAGAGAUGGUCAUAUGUUAAGUGAUGCGAUACUGUCGGUCAAAGUAGUGACGAAUGUAAUGUCCAAACGGCACAUAAACUUUGAACGGUUGCGACAAAUCUAUCGGAUUAUCCGUUUAAAAGACAGAGGUAUUGAACACAACUUCAAACACGACAGACAAAAUCCUAAGGAAGAAAUCAUUGUUUAUAAGUCUGAAAUAAAUCGGAUCACAUUUUUGGGUGGUAUUGUCUUCCCAUUAUUAGCUAUUAUCACGAGUCUUGCAUUAUAUAUAUGGCCGCAAAUCAAUAGGGAUACGAUUGAAAUACCAAUAGAUCCGCACGACAAGAGAUUGGGUCCCAAAUAUGCCAAAGAAAUUGUAAUAUUAGUUUCGUGUUGGCAUUUGUCACUCUCUCGUAAGUAUGUCCUCCGGAUGUAUUACAAUAGAAGUCGCAAUGUUUUCAAAUUAAGUACUUGGAACUGGUAUUUUCCAUUCACUACGAGUACACGCGAAUGUCCCGCCGGUUCCGGUCAAUACAGUACUCAUCGGUUUAGUGAUUCACCCUUUUAUCACACAUUUUUUGGUAACUGUAAGGUCAAAGGUCGGUCCUAUUAUAUCAACGAAAAUCAAUUUGCUUUUCCCGUCUAUUAUAACAUACUGUUUGGUUAUAGUACUCCACGAUCUUUACCAUCAUUAGGUAAAUCCAUCGAAGAAAUCAAUAAAACCAAUGGAAAUAUUCUUCAAAGAAAACGAGAUAUUUAAUAGUUUAAGAUUUUUUUAUUGUGUUUUUGGGUUUACAUUAAACUUAUUAUAUAAUAAAAUUAAAUGACAUUCAAGUCGACGAAUACUACGUUAAGAAGUCCUUCUGUAUAUUGAAGACGACGGAAGGAUAAUGAACUCAAUAGAGAUGUUAUAAACAAUUUAUUACAAAAGUAGUCUUCAAAUGUCACACAUCUUUUCGUCGGCUUUUGAUUGUAUAAAUACAUAAAUAAAUUAAUUAAUGACUAACUCAUUGGUUUAAACACAAUUUGAGAUCAUAAACAAGAAUCUUAUAU